CCGCCAUGCAGCUAGCUAGGUAACGUCAGGCUAAAGUCUUGGAGGAAUCUAGCUAGUUCCUAAAUGUGCGUUAACAAUAUCAUUAACUAGAUUAGUCGGUUACACGUUUGGUGUAUUGUUAAAAUUAAAAACAGACAACGUGAAUAUGUUUACAGAUAAACUUCGUCGCUCCAUGAUUUAUGACAUUAAGGAAAUAUUCUUAAGCAAUUAACGCUUGUUAGCUUACUUUAGCUCCUCUGACCAGCUGCUUGCUCGUCUAUUCUUUGCAGAAAGGUUUGCCCUAGUUUGCCCUCACCUCUCAAAAGCUAAAAGAAACUGUUCAAAAAACAAAAUGACUGAUGCAGCGGAAGAGACAAGAGGAGACGAGAGCAGCAAAGAGGAGGCAAUAUGAAAAAGGUUGCACUGCUGCACCUGUCUCAGCUGUUGCAGUGAUGGUCCACCUUGAAAUCCGGAGGGAAGAAAUACAAAUCUGAAGAAAGGAAUAUACUUAGAUUGUCCAUUUUCAAAAACUCUAAUGUCACUAGCCCUUGCCAUGGCCAGGAAAAGUGUUUCUCGGACAAGUAGUUUCCUGUGACGGCUCUACGUGACAUUUGAGAUCUGCUUCUCCUGUGUGACCUUAACGGACCAAGAUGAUGCUUUGUCUGCUGCUACUUCUUUCUAUGUGGGUGGGGCCUGAUGAGGCUGACUCUGCCCAAUCCAAUGAACGGCGAGUUGUAGCACACAUACCUGGUGACAUCAUCAUUGGAGCCUUGUUCUCCGUCCAUCAUCAACCUCCUGCUGACAAGGUACACGAGCGCAAGUGUGGUGCGGUACGAGAGCAGUAUGGCAUUCAGAGGGUGGAGGCCAUGAUGCACACACUGGACCGCAUCAACACUGACCAAAACAUCCUUCCCAACAUCAGCCUAGGCUGUGAGAUCCGGGACUCCUGUUGGCACUCGGCUGUUGCUCUGGAGCAGAGCAUCGAGUUCAUUCGGGACUCGCUGGUCUCCUCUGAUGAAGCAGAGGAGUUGGGUGGAGGAGGUUCUUGGGGAGGGGGAGGAGGUGGAGUAUCAACAAUGAAGUGUUCGGACCCCUCUGCCACUCCAAUGCGGGGUAAGAAACCCAUUGUGGGUUUAAUUGGACCAGGGUCGAGCUCAGUGGCCAUCCAGGUCCAGAACCUUCUACAGCUGUUCAACAUACCACAGAUUGCCUACUCUGCCACCAGUAUGGACCUCAGCGACAAGAGCCUUUACAAGUACUUUAUGCGGGUGGUGCCUUCAGAUGCCCAGCAGGCAAGAGCUAUGGUGGACAUUGUCAAGAGAUACAACUGGAGCUACGUGUCUGCUAUACACACUGAAGGCAACUAUGGUGAAAGUGGGAUGGAAGCAUUCAAGGACAUGGCGGCCAAAGAGGGCAUCUGUAUCGCCCACUCUGGCAAAAUCUGGAGCAAUGCUGGAGAGCAGAGCUUUGACCGGCUGCUGGAGCGACUGAUGGCUCACCUACCUAAGGCCAGGGUGGUGGCAUGUUUCUGCGAAGGCAUGACUGUCCGCAACAUCCUCAUGGCCAUGAGACGCCAGGGACUGGUUGGAGAGUUCCUACUCAUCGGCAGUGAUGGAUGGGCGGACCGAUAUGAUGUAACAGAUGGCUAUGUCAGGGAAGCUGCCGGUGGUAUUACUAUCAAGCUCCAGUCGGCUGAUGUGAAGUGGUUUGAUGAGUACUACCUUAAACUCCGUCCUGAGAACAACCACAGGAACCCCUGGUUUCCGGAGUUCUGGCAGCAUCGUUUCCACUGUCGUCUUAAAGGCCACCCACAGGAGAGCAGCAAACACAACCGCACCUGUGGCAAGCGGGAGUCACUUCGGCAACAGUAUGCACAGGACACCAAAAUGGGGUUUGUCAUUAAUGCCAUCUACUCGAUGGCAUAUGGCCUGCAUAACAUGCAACGGGCACUGUGCCCAGGCUAUCAGGGCCUGUGUGAUGCCAUGCGACCUAUAGAUGGUGCAACACUGCUGGACUUCCUGAUGAAAACCAACUUUACCGGUGUGUCUGGAGAGGGCAUCUUAUUCGACGAGAAUGGAGACUCACCUGGCAGGUAUGAAAUAAUGAACUUCAAAAAGAUGGGCAAGGACUACUAUGACUACAUUAAUGUUGGCAGUUGGGACAACAGUGGCUUGAAGAUAGAUGAUGAUGAAAUCUGGCCCAACAAAGAAUCCAUCAUCAAGUCAGUCUGCAGUGAACCCUGCGACAAAGGACAGAUUAAGGUGAUCCGUAAAGGUGAGGUGAGCUGCUGCUGGACGUGCACUCCCUGUAAAGAAAAUGAGUUUGUUUUCGACGAGUACACCUGCCGAGCCUGUGAACUGGGCUCUUGGCCGAUUGAUGACCUCACAGGCUGUGACUUAAUCCCAGUGGAGUACCUGCGGUGGGGAGAUCCUGAACCCAUUGCUGCUGUGGUCUUCGCCUGCCUCGGUCAAAUGGCCACCUUCUUUGUCACCGCAGUCUUUAUCAGGUUCCGGGACACCCCAGUAGUUAAAUCUUCCAGUAGGGAGCUGUGCUACAUUAUUCUGGCAGGGAUCUGCCUGGGGUACCUGUGCACCUUCAGCCUCAUAGCCAAACCCCAUGUCAUCCACUGCUACCUCCAGCGACUGGGAAUAGGCCUGUCACCUGCCAUGAGCUACUCUGCGCUUGUCACCAAGACGAACCGCAUCGCUCGGAUCCUGGCAGGCAGCAAGAAGAAGAUCUGCACAAAGAAACCUCGCUUCAUGUCUGCCUGCGCUCAGCUCAUCAUCGCCUUCCUCCUCAUACUGCUGCAGCUGAGCAUCAUUGUGGCUCUCUUCCUCAUGGAUCCGCCUGAGGUGAUCCAUGACUACCCCAGCAUCCGCCAGGUCAACCUCAUUUGCAACACCACCAACCUGGCCGUGGUUGCCCCACUGGGAUACAAUUGCCUGCUCAUCCUCAGCUGCACCUUCUAUGCCUUCAAGACCCGCAACGUCCCAGCUAAUUUCAACGAGGCUAAGUACAUUGCCUUCACCAUGUACACCACCUGUAUUAUCUGGCUGGCCUUUGUGCCCAUCUACUUCGGCUCAAACUACAAAAUUAUCACCAUGUGCUUCAGUGUCAGCCUCAGUGCCACUGUGGCUUUGUGCUGCAUGUUUGUACCCAAGGUGUACAUCAUUCUAGCCAAACCAGAGCGUAAUGUGCGCAGUGCCUUUACCACGAGCACAGUGGUGCGCAUGCAUGUGGGCGACGGCAAAUCGUCCUCAGCUGCCAGCCGUUCUUCCAGUCUGGUAAACCUGUGGAAACGCAGAGGCUCAACUGGAGAGACACUCAGCUCCAAUGGUAAAUCAGUGUCUUGGGCACAGACGGAGCGCAGCGGUUCACGCAGCAGCCACCUGUGGCAGCGGCUGUCCUUCCACAUCAAGAAGAAGGAGAACAAUCAGACUGCCGUCAUCAAGCCCUUCUCCAAGACUUCUGAGGAACGUUACUGUGGAGGGGGGGGGCUGCCCCCGCAUGUCCCUCUUCCCUCCCUCCCCUCCAUGUCCUCCCUGCCUAGUCAUCCCGACUCUGUCACAGACAAGACCCUGUAUGAUCUCUCUGAAGCGGAGGAGUGCUACUCUAUCACCUAUCGGCCACAGACACCUUCGCCAAUCAGCACGGUCAGCCAGAGGCUGGGGGCAGGUUAUGUCGAGGAGCCUCAGAUGACUGCCGUUCCAAAGUACCCGAGCAGUGUCUGCAGUGGCGGCAGUAGCAGCAGUUGUGCUCCCUCCAGCAGCGGCUCUGUUGUUGUUGGGAGUGAUGGCCGUUUGGUCACUGUGGACGACCAUCCGGGACGGCCCCAGAGCUCGCUGAUGGAUCAGAUCAGCUGCGUUGUGAACCGCUUCACUGCCAACAUCACCGAGCUCAACAGCAUGAUGUUGACACCCUCUCCAACGCACUCGCACAACACGCACAAACACACACCGCCUUCUCCUCACCCGGCCGACCCAUACCUGCUGCCCCGCGAAAUCCAGAUGCCCCCGACUCUCACCACUUACGCUGAAGUCCAGCCCCUUCCACCUGUCGAGUCUGGUAUGGGGGGCCGGGGUGGCUGUCCUGUUCACUCCAUGCCUCAUUCACCGUACCCCCUGCCGCCUCCUCACCCCCAGACCUCCCCCUCUCUCUCCCCCAUGCGAGGAGGACUGAUCACCUGCCUUGCCGACUCCCCUCUGAGGCGGGCAGAGUUGGAAGAGGAGCUCAUUGCUUUGACUCCGCCGUCGCCUUUCCGCGAUUCCCUGGGGUCUAGUAGCGGCUCGCCUAUCUCAGAGACAGGUCUUUGUCUCCCUCCAGUACCCUCCCAUCCUCCGCCCUCUCCCCCUUCGCCUAGGUACAGCAGACUGACACUCAGAAACUACAGCCAGAGUUCAUCCUCACUGUGAGGCUGAGUAAAGAAAACGCAGAAGCGAGGAGCACUCAAAAACGAAAGAAGAGGAUGGAGAGACUGAAAUCCAUUCGUCCCUACGUGGAGUGAAAACCUGAAGUAACGGAGUCGUGGAUGGCUGGUUGAUGAAGACGCCGAGCUGUGAAGGUCUGCUGUAUUCGUGUUUACAUGUUCGCAGUGAGGUGCAAGUAUAAGAAGCUUGCACAUGUUGUAUUUUCCUAGUGGUGUUUCUUAAAGUUGGGUGUGAAGAACUGCAAAAAAGGCUGCGAUAACUGCAGCGUUUUGGUGUUUGGAAGGUAACGGGCUACGUGUCAGCUAGGUUGGGGUAGUGGCCUUAAGGUAACAUGGCUAUCAACUAAUUAGAGAUUGUGUAUGUAUGUAUGUGUGCGUGUGUGUGCGUGUGUUUGUGUGCGUGAGUAUAUUUUCGCUGUAUCUUAGAUAAUGAGAGUUUAUGGUGACAUGACAGCAAAGAGUAUUGAUGAGGUAAGACUCCCAAAGCCUGUUCGGACUAAAGAGAGGCUAUCAAGGGCACAUAUACAUUUAGUCAUACGCACUAACACACAAACCCAUAGGUGUGAGCACACACAAAUACAAUUUAAGGGGGAAAAAAUGUAAAUAUAUGAGGAGAUUAUGGAUUUUUCUGUGGUGAUAAAAUCCAACAUGCUUCUGACAAAAAGUGCAUUGUGUUAACAUACCCGGCUGUAUGUUACUCUAAAGAACUUUCUCACAAACAAUCUCACAAUCUUUUUAUUAAUUCAGUCCUCCAAUCUGUCCCCUCCGUACUGCUUUCUUUUCCUCCAUCCCCUCUUACUCUCGCUGCUUUCUUUUCUCCUGCCAGUGUUUCCUUAUUUUUUCUACUCUUCCAAGUUUUGUUUUCUUCAGAAGUUUGAAUGUAUAUUUUCUACACAAUUUCCUGAAGUAGUUGGGACCAAACCUUUUGUAUUUCUCUGUCUGUGACUCGAGAAACAGGGAGGAGGAGAGAUUGACAAGACAAGGCCUCAUUUUGCAACAAACAUCUUAGUCAUACCAUCUGGUUCAAGUGGAUUAUUGGCAGAAACCUGACCUCACAGCGCCUCCUUAGUGUAUGACAUUUUACAGAGCAUUAUGUAAGGCUUAGCUGGAUCCCGGUCAUGACAUUUUUUUUUCCAAUGUGUCAGCAGGGCACAAGUGCCACUCUGUUUCAUCAGAGACAGUGCUUUGAAUGGGAUUCAUUCAAAUCACAAUCAUCUCUUACGUUAGUUGGCACAGAUUGAUAGAUUCAAGCUGGGAGAGUGCCUCCUCCUCCUCCUCACCUCCAACCUAAGUCACCUCUUACACAGGUGUGAAGACCUGUUCUAAUGUCUCCAGUCUUUUCAGACAAAAAGAAGAUGGAGCAACAAGAGAUUCAUAUUGAAUAGGCAGACAUAAGAGUGGUAUCGACCUUCUCUUUUGAUGACAGCAACUAAUCAAAAUAAUCUGUUUUGUUAAAGUAAGGUCUUGCCUAAUUGGAUUAAUCCCAAAUGUCAUGUUUUGUAUUCUGGAAAAAAGUUAUCCAGCUGUUUAUUACAAUAUCUCUAAAAGGUAUUUAAUCACAGUUGUAUAUCUCGUUAGUUUUAGGAACCAGAGUUUAUGUGGACUCAAAUCAAAUCAGGCAUGGAGGCCCCAAGCAAGGUCAUAGAAAAAGCAAUCAGAGCAAUUUGUCGAACCUCUGAAUGUGUGUGCAUGUGUACUCAUCUGGCGGAUGUAAUGGUAUGUGUCACAUCACCCAGUGCUCAUGAAAACCUAAAAACUGCAUUCCUGCAAAAGUUGACUCAUUUGGUCCGAAGGAGACGUUACCUUGCAUGAGAGCAGUCACGGUAUCAGAUUUUCAGUAGAUGAUUAUCAUGGCCAAAAGAAUUCUCAUAAACUCUCAUAUCCCAAUAUUUUCUGACAUUGUGGAUAGAGUGUCUGUUAUCUUCUCCGACAUGAUGUUGUGCAGCAGUAGUAGCCACACACUGUGUUUGCUAGCUAGUUGCUGUUUUUUCUUCAUAAUUUUUCAGAUUUUUUGGUGUAUUUAUGGCACCUAAUAUGACAAUAAAAGAACAGGAAGAAACAGAAAAAAGAAACAAUAUAUUCAUCGUUGCAUAAUGAACAUGAUAUCAAUAUUUCAUUUAUAAAUAUCAUGAUUAAUUCCAAUUAUAAAUGUCUAUUUAUAUGGGUAAACAGAAGUGAAUUUGAAAAAGACUGCAAAACCUAAAAUAUCCAAUCUGCCCACAGUUUUCGGUUAAAAAAGAAACUUUUACUUGUACCAACACUUGAACAGAAUACUUGACCCAAAGUAGGACUGAAAUAUAAAAUUUGAUGUACCAGUGUCGGCAUUCACUAAGAUGCAUUUGAGAAAUGGGGCCUUGGCUUUGUAACAGCUGCCUCCACAGAGGAACACACUCUAGAAGAUAGAUAAGAAAAAAGAAGAAGAGAAAAAACAAGAGCCAAACAUUUUUAAUCGUUUUGUAUGAGGAAUGUUACCUGCAGCAAAGACGUGGAUUUCUACAUCCUAUUAAAAGAUAAUUAAGCUGUUGGUAUCUCAACACAAAUCAGUUUUUCAAAAAAUGUUGCCUGUGCUAUUGUCCAUCGCAAUUACAUCAUAGUUUCUGCAGCAUAUGCAUCCGUCUGCCGUGACAGCUGACUGAUGCGGAUACAGUCCUUGUUCUGAUUUCUCCUCGUGAGUGAAGUAUUUCUGCUCUACAGUAGCCAGCAAGAACAAACUCAGACAACAUGAUUCUGUAAAUACUAAGGGCAUGCAAAGACAGUUCUGUUUUGUUUCAGAUGAAAGUAAUUUUUAUUUACAUAUCAACAAAAAAAAAGAAAAAAAGAGAUUUUGAACUAUGUUAUAACAUCAUACAGUACCAAUAUGUGUUAAAGACUACAGAAACUGUGUUACUACUCUGAAUGUGUGAGUGACCAUUCCUAUUCAAAUGUCUUGUAAUUCAACAAUAUAAUAAUAAUGAAUAUUAAUAUGAUUAUUGUGCCAAAGGAGUUCAGGAGGGUCUAGCUUAUUAGCCUGUGGGUAAUUAAGUGGUUUCAUAAAAAAAAAAAAAAAAUUAAGAAGAAAAAAUGUAAAUGUAAAACUGUUUCUAUUGUUUUGGAUAUUUUCUAUAUAAAUAUUCCACAUUUUCCAGUGUUAAAGCAAUAUUAUCCAUAUGUAAACAAGGUGCACACCUGAGGGGUUUCUUAAAUCAUCAACAAUGUUUUAGAUUGUUGUUUUUUUUCAUUAUUCUGUCAUUUCUGCUGGACAAUUCAACAAGGAAGAUGGUGGGUAGAUAAGCUGAAAUUGUUCUUUGCAUUUUCACUAAAUCUUUAAGCAAGUAGAGGGGUACAUGUCAUUUCUUGUAUCAAAGAUGGUGCAAUUCCCUAUUUUUGCUGUGUGAUCUUCUCACUUUUGAACUGGCAUAGAACUACAGUGUUACAGGAGUUAAGGAGAAUAUUUGUGUGUGCCAUUAAUCAUAGUUUAGUAUUUUGCUGAUUUUUGUAGUGUGCCGGUUAGUUAAGAUGCAAAUCUGAUCUGGUGUUGCUACAGUAUGUCUCGUCAACUUAGAACAAGACAAUGCAAAAAAGACUAAGUGGAAAAAAAAUGCACAGCUUGUGAGAUAAUUGUAAAGAGACUUUUUCAUUAGGAUAGGCAUAGAAAUGUACCCAGAAGAAAGAACUGUUGCUGAUAAUUGUUGUCAUAAUUGGUUCUUGUCUCAAAGUGCUGUCUGUGCACCGUUACCUCUGCAUCUACUCGUCUAAUUUGAACAAUCCGGGCCCUGACCUGUUGUCAUAAAAUGAACCCGCGCUAUUGUCGAGGAGGAGCGCUCCUGUCACUGAUGGUGUUUCAAACAUGCUGAGAGAGUAAAAGGGAGCUUGCUUCAGCACUUCGGCAGCGUGUUAUCAGCCCCCCUGGGUGAGGCUCGACAGUUGAGUGCUACCUCUGCAGAAAAAGGCAGGAUCGAUGCUCACAUCUGCUGCUAUCUUAUUCUCUUUAAGGGCUCAGUUCGGUGACUUGCAUCUUCUUGUAUUAAAUACUACACAUGACCGAUGUAAAGUAGCAGCAGGCUCAUCAGGAAAAUGCUGGAGAAUCGUGGCCUCAUAUUAAAGUUAAUGCAGGCAUUGAUUUGUAAGGUCAACAAACUCACUGAGAGAUCAAACUUAAUCUGUCAUGUGUUGAUAAAAUAUGAUUUCAUUUGAAUCGUAUCUCCUCAUCUGUCGGGGGAUUUUUAUACCUGGUGAGCUUUCUAACAUUUUCCCUGACAAACAGGCAGAAGUCGAGCUACAGUACAGUAGUGAUGCAGGACGGGGUUAGGAUACGGGUUAGAAAGCACAGUUUGUCAAAAGCAUUUUUCUUGACAAACUGAGCUUUCUGCAUUAAUACCAUCGCUCCGCUUUUGAGCCCUGCCUCGAGGAUCACAAAAAGCUACUGCUCACAUUAAUCUGGGGUGAUCUCAGUUAUAGAUAUUUCCCUUCAUAUUCUAGCUGAAACAUAAAGUCUUAUGCUAGCCAGGAAGAUGAUCUCCUGAUGAUGUCUACCCAAAAAGCUGUUGGCCGACUUAUUUUCGUAAAUGCACUCUAAAGAAUUGGAUUGAUAAUCCCUGCGCUCAAAAAUACUUUUAAUCCAGACAUGCUCAUCUGCUGAUCAGAGGAAAAAAAACACAAGGUCAUUUUUUUAAUUUUAUACUGUUUGGAGUGAAAACCAGCUCACAGUCCAUCUAGGACGCCCUCUUGUCUCUCGAUACUUUAACCCCGGUUCAGAGUCAGAUAUAAUCAUGAGGCUGCCUCACAUGUUUCUCUUAAAUGUUAUUUAUAACGGCAUUUCAAACAAGCCCGGGUUUCAGGGUGAAAUUUAAUUUAGGCAGAAAUCAGCAUCUGUAGGCGGUGUGCUGAUGCACUGAUGAGGGAGACAGAUUCAGAAGAAGGUCCCACAGUAGGAGUAUCGCUAAAAACGUUCAUUUAAGGCUCUAUCAAUCUGACUGUCAGCGGCCUCUCCCACUGCCCUGGCUGACUGUUUGUUUGAUCAGAUGCAGAAAACAGAACUAUGUUUAAUGUGUAAACACAGCAUAGACAUAUGGUUGUUUACACAGUCAGGGUCAGGCUGGAAGAAGUUUUGUUGUGUCAGCCCGCUGUCACAGACUCUCACAUAAUUAUUAUAAAUAAUGUGUCGGGUUGAACACCUCCAUGAGUGUUGAUAUCACAAUUUGUUACCAUUUUAACAGUGUUAAUGAAGUAAGUAAAUCACCAGAUGCUUAUGUGAGUUAACUGUUAGCCUCAAUCACACUUGAGUGUUGAGUGAAGAUUGUUAUAUAGAGAAAAAAAGCAAUAAAUUAAAAGUAAAUAUUGUUAGAAACCAGUAUUGACAGGUUGGUAGCGCUUAAUAUCAAGGUCCCUGUCAUAAGCAUUAGCAAAUAGAUAAUAAGGCCUUUACAAGUCCUUAUAAGAUGCUUAUAUCAUCAUUAAGACUAUAUUAGUGUUAACGAUAAAGCAUAAAAAAUGUGUUUCUCAUAAUUGUUUAUAAUUGCAUUACAGACACAUUCAUUGAGUUUAACUAAGCUAUGAUGUCAUCUUUGAUAAAGUGACAAAAGUCAGUGCAUACAUGUGUAACAGUGACAUAGUAGAUAACUUAGUUAAACUCAAUACAUGUGUUUGUAGUGCUGUUAUGAACAAUAGUAUGAAACUUUUAAGACAUUUCUUGAAGGUACAGAGUGUAAGAAUUGGCCAACCGUUGAAUUCAUACUCAAGUAACGGCUAAUUGCUGCUAACUGUUGCUGCUGUUAGCUAAGUUAGCUCAGAUAGCGGUGCUGCUAGCAUGUUGUUGGGAUGUUUUCAACUUACAUACUGGUCCUUUGGCUUUCCUAAGUCUCUAAAAUGUUCUAGUCUGUUCUUGUAAGUGUUUGUAAAUGUCUAUUAAUCUGACAAUAACUGUGUUAGUCUUACUAAUUUUAGUAUCUUACAGGGACUUAUAAGGGCCUUAUUAACCAUUAAUUGAUGCCUUUUACAAAGACCUGGAUGUAAAGCGUAUGUUGUUAUUAUAAUAAAGCAAAUAUUAUCCAGCUCUGCUGGUGAGAAUAGCCCAUUCUUUUGAAUACUGAAGCAUGUAUUUACAAAUCAGCUGAUACACUAAAUGAGGAAAUUGAGGUAAAAAGGGGUUCUACAGACAGUACAUGCAAACCUGAAAUAAUUUACCCUCUAAACUACAUGGUACAGAGCAUUGUGUGAUGUUUGCGCAUUAGAUGAAUCCACUUUUGCUGCAACUGGUUUAAUGAAACCAAUGGCCUGGCUGGGGGUGACGACUAGAUGUCUUAAAAAUCAUUAACGGUAUUUUUGUAAGUUUGUCUGAAGCUGCUGAUCUGAAUGUUGCUUUUUCUAACAGAGUAAAGAGCAUGUGUGUUUUAAUAAGAUGAUUUUAGGUACAGUAGUUGGUGUAGGUUAGAUAGUAGAGGAGAUGGAGUAAGGUGAUAAGAAAUAAGGCUGUGUAUUUCAUAGAUUAGAAGUAAAGGGGGGUUUUUAUGUUUAUUUGUCUUCAGGAUAAUUUGAGAAAGCGGAAUAACAUAUAAGGCAGGUCUUUGUGUGACUGUAGGGCAUUAUCAUUUUAUAUACAGAGCAGAAUUUACAGUAUCUUGUAUUGAUGGUGGUGUGAUAUAUAUUUAGGUAAACAAACUUAUCCCGUGUUUCUAUUUAUUAGAGAAUUAAACCAAAUUUAGCUGUGACAUCACAGCGUAUAACACAGAGGUAUCAUGGCAGGGCAUGAUGGGCAGUGAGUGAACAUGGUGUUAUGUUGUGUGCUUUGUAUAUUCCUCAUAAUCCGUCUUGUUUGGUUUGUUGUUGUGGACACAAACACGCAGGAAAUUCCUGUAGAUACCCCUUGCUUUAAAUUCUGAUGAGAUUCUAUUUUCAGUAGAGUGUUAGAGAUAUGAAUAAGGAGAUGAAUGUUGCCUAGGAGAAGUGAUGUUUACAUUCUUACUGAUCACUUGAGAUAAUCAAGAUUACAUUUCGGUUGUUGUGACAUUUUUAUAAGCAAGCCUACAUGUUUGCAUCUUUUUGGGUACACUGAAGUGGAAAACAAAGUUAACUUAUUCUCAACAAAAGCAGCUCAUCUGCAUAUAGAUUAAGGUGUUGUGCUGUGUUCCAAUCAGUUUUACGACCCAGAUCUAUCAAAACAUUAAUUCAACCGUGCUCGUUGGAGCGGCUAGUUCGGGCUUCAUUUUGAUAAUAACAAAAACGAUGUAGGGGUCCUAUAAACAUAAUUAAAGGGAAGAUGAAUGUGUACAGAAUGUAAUAUAUUUUUUAAUUUUAAAGUAUUUAUUAACUCCAGGCAGAAAAUUAUUAUAACGGAAAUGAACAUGUACAAUAAAUGUUUACUAGUUAUUUAUUUAGAUUAACUUUAAGCGUAUCCCCAAACUCCAGUGGCUAACAUAAACUCCUCCACUCAGUGCCAACUUUCUCUCGUCUUUUUAUUUCAAGUGCUUCAGCAUUUUUUUUUCUUACCUUGGGUGGAUGAACAAGACACAAACCUGGUUUAACUGCAAUCAAAUCUACUCAAGUUUCUGUGGCGAGAAAAAAAAUGAUAUCUAUUUUUUUCCUGAACAUUUUGUAAAUGCGAUGAAAAUAACUUAAAUUAAUGAUUUUGUAAAGGAGGUAUUCUAGUGUUUAUCCACACUUAGGCACAUUUCAUGAAUGACUAACUUCUGAUGAACACAACUUUUAAAGCUCCAAUGUGUUGGUUUUCUGCUUUUUGUCACCUCCAGUGUUCAGAACUGUAGAAUGUAAUUACGCUUUAUAUUGGUGUGAUCAUGGAAGAUGGUUUUAUAUUUGGAUAGUUGUUUCAGUGCUUAAUAUUUUCACUCAGCUUUGUGAAAUGUGCAGUGUGAGAAUAUAAGGCUCUGGACAGUAUGUUUCUAAGUGGUUUUUUAGUGGGGGGUAGGGCUGAUGACAGGUGAGUCGGGGGGUUGUAGUUGUCAACAGAUUUUUUAAUUGUGUUUGUGCCCAGAAGUUGGCGGAAGAUUAGCCUCAACCAUUAUACAAUGAGAGAAAAUGGUUUACUCAGAAAGGUUUGCUCUCUAAUUAAAUCUAAGGGAUUCCUCAUUAUUUGUCACAGACACUGGAGCCUCGAUCGUUCGCAGGCUUUUCAGAGGCUCCCAAAAGGACCGUUUAUGGCCAAACACAGUUCUUCUCAUCUACCAAUUAAUGGAUCUUUAUCUACUCAUUCCAAAAUGGCCCACGGCGAUGCCUGUGAAGACCCCUCUCUGGGCUGAUCUGUUGCCAUUGGGAACAGGAAAGAGAAAGAAGAGUAGACAGUGUUGACAGGAUGCUCCGUGUUCUUUUAAUAUACAGUGUUUUUAUCACAAGAACGAGGAGUAUAUGCUCACAGUCACAUCUUGUCUGUUGUUUUGCAGUAAUAACAAAACACUUUUAUGCCAGCCAAUAAAUUCACUCAUUUAUCUUUAACAUAACUCACCCCAAAGCAUUGAAUCUGGCAAGAUUUACACCUAUCCAUGAAUAUGAACUUAUCUUAGGUGAUGUUUUCAGGGGAGGCGAUACAGUUGGACCAUAAAAGAAAAAAAAUACAUAAAUGUUCUUUGUUUUUGUUGUCCUGUGCAUCCCAUAAAGCAAUACCAUGUUGCUCUGCUUCCUCUGUCCCUGCUUUUUACUUUUGUUGUUAGCGCGAUGAACAGACAUGAAAGGCAGGAAGUGCAGAUGCAUUAAUGGAAUCUGAGAAGAACCGCAAGCCACCCCGAACUGUGCGAAAUGAAAAUCAGUGGGCACCGAAAGUUAGACGAGCAUUAGGCAGCUCUAGCUCGCUACACAUCCGCACACCAGGAAGUAACUCUGUGAUUGUGUAACUGUGUUGGGAACACGUUAAAUCUUUCGUUGAGCACUUGUCCUCGCCGCAGAAACACUGUGCUAAAAAAGCACUCUGGCAUUAACAGGUGGAUUUUUAAAAGUCACCAUAGUUUGACUCACUGCAGUCACCCACUGAGCACUGAGACCAAGCUGGAGUAGCCUUCCUAAAAUGGAACCAAACGUCACUGGGCAUUCAUUAUAACUUCACAGCUCGUCAGGAUGAAAUGGUUCUCUUUGUGUUGUUUCUCACUGGGAUGUAACAAACAAUUCUGGGGCCCUCCAGCUGGUGUUAGCAUACAGCAGUGCUGUGGAGUCAGACCAGAGAUGGGACAUGGUGUGGGGUAAAAAGGGUAAUGAAUAAAGAGAGGGUUGCAUUUUGUUUCUUUUUGUUUAUUUCUUUUUUCUUUUUAUUUUUUUGCCAUUGAUGAAUCAUUGUGUAAGUGUACUUCAAAGUACCUUUGAAUCAUUAUUGAAACCAUUAUUAAAAAAAACUAUGAUUAA